AUGGAAGUAUUCAGUAGAUUAUCCCUUGAUGAUAAUGAUACUAACCGUACUAUUACCAAUGAAGAUAAUAAUGAGACUACAAAGGAGUUAGUUGGUAUCUCAAAUUUGAGUUUAAAUGAUUCACAUAUGAACAUGAAUAUGAACACACAUCAAGAUAUUCAUAGUGAUAUAAAUUCGUUACCACCAUCGGUCAUAAAGACAUAUUUACCACAUUUCCCCAAUUAUCCGUCACCUUUAAGGAAUACUUUCCAAUUUUAUGAUUCAAUGGGGGAUAGUUACGAAAUGGAUAUUGAUGAUGACAUCGAGGAGAAUGAUGCUCAAGAAACGGAGCAAGAAUCCAGACGAAUAAAUGGGACCCCAGUUGCUACAACGUCCUCAUCAUCAGGUGUACAGUUUAAUGGGAAUAAUUUCAAGGUUCCCAUCAAAAAGAAGAAAGCAUCGGUUCAUUUUGUUGAACCAAAGAGGAACUUUGCGAGAAGGAAUAAUGAGACACCCCAUACUGAUAAAGAAAAUAAUGACGAAGAAGCAAACGACGAUGAUGAAUUGUCAGGGGCAGAAGAGGAAGAAGGAGAAGAUGAAGAGAAAAACAAUAAAUUAUCUAAUACUACUAUGUUGAAAGCUUUAUUAUCACCAACGAAAUUAGGUGUUGCAGCAGCAACAAAGAUAGAUGGGAUUACUCAUUUACCGAUCGAAGAGGAAAAAAAGCGAGCUGAAGGGGACCCGAAUGUAUCUGAGGCUAUUGAAGCAAUAGGGAAUGAACCUGUACCAGCACACUCGUCGUCGUCGUCCAUGUCAUCAUCUUUUGAUAUAGAAUCUACUGAGAGACUUAAAGAGGAAUUAAGGUUACGUCAGUCUAAUGGACAACCCAUCAAUGUUUCCAUUAACAAUCAUAAUUACUAUUACCCCAAUGGAGAGGCAUUUCCAUUAACUGAAAGGUAUCCACCAAUGAAGCAUGGAGCCAUGUCAGCAUAUUAUAAUAAUGCAAAAUAUUAUAAUGCUCAAGGUGAUGAUGAUAAUGAUGCCACUGAUGAUAAUAAAUAUAUAUUACCUCACCCAUGGUCAAACAAUUCACAUCCGAUCUGGAAAGUUUCAUACACGAUAAUAUCAUAUUUACAAAUUUUAUUGAAUUUCAUUACAACGAUGAUAAUAAUUUCCAGUUUAAUAAUUUUCAUUAAUAGUAUAAGGAAUGAUUUGAAUUCUAUAUGGACUACAAGAAAGAACGAAUUAGAAAUUGAAUCCAAGAUUUGUAAAGAAAAAUAUUUUCUAAAUCGAUGUCAUUUACAUUCCAAGUUGCCGGCAUUAGAAACUCAAUGUGCCACAUGGUCUGACUGUAUGAAUAGGAAUAAUGAUAUCUUUUUCCGUGCAAGGUCUAUAUUAACAGCGAAAUUAGUUGGUGACAUUAUAAAUUCGUUUAUUGAUCCCAUUGGAUGGAAACCAUUAUUUGUCAUACUAUUUGGGUUAGCGAUAUGGUGUUUCAGUUCCAACUUUUUACUUGGGUUUGCUAGAGCCAAGAUAUAUUAUGGAGAUCCUGUUAAGUAUUAUCAUCAUCAGAAGCAACAACAGCAGGGACAAGAUCAAGGACAAAAGAGCCAAGAGCGGGAGCAUAAUCAGACGCGACAUUCUUCCGAUCAACCGUUAGUAGUACGUAAAAUGUAA